AUGAUGGAAGAUUUGAUUGACUUCUUUGUCAUUGAAAAACUCAACCCUGAUGGCAAGAAGUAUGACAAAGUUUCUCGCAUUGUAGCACGCAGCGAGAAGGAAGAUUUGUAUAUGCUGCUUGAUGUGCACACAGAGAUUUAUCCUAUUGAAGAAAAAUCAAGGUAUUUGGUCCUCUUAACCGAAACAUUGAACACUGACGGCACUCUGGUUAGUCCUCAUAAUGCCCAGGGUAGUAAACCAUCCAAAGAAGACAAGUUUGAGUAUGUGACACAUGGGAAACUUUACAAAAUUGAUAAGGAAGGUUCAGGAGCUGAUUUCAAGUUGGAGAUCUACAUUUCAUUCGGUGGACUUCAACUGUUGCUGAGGGGGGAUCCUAGCUCGCUUACUAGGUUUCAGCUCGAUAAAAACUAUUUUAUGUUGAUGAGGAAGAUGUAG